CUCUAUAGGAUGGCACUGAUCUGUUCCAUUUGAGUCCAAAGUCUCUCCCUGGCACCGGUACAGCAUCGCUGCUAGCUAACUGGUAGGAUUCCAGCGAAGAUACCCUGCUAAUCCUGAUGACAAAUUGAAUUGGCGGCUUUAGACAAAAGGAACUGAAGUACUGGAAUUUACCGAAAGGGGAGCCACGUGAAGCCAAAAUGCCCGCCAAGGUCACAGACCUGCUCGUGGAGGGAACAGUGGUUGGCACCCCUUUCCGCAAGCUAAUCUGCUAUGAUAUAUCCAAUGUAACAAACCUACGAAGCCUUAAAGCCCGGUUGUUGACUGAUUUAAAGCUCGCUGGCGCACCCGUGGGCAGUGAUUGCGACAUCGUUCUUCGCAACUAUGCUCUCACAGAUUAUGAACAGACGCCGUUCAAUUCAAAUGAGGCUGGCAGCUGCGCUCUUAGCGACCAGGAUAUCUGGAGCCGUGGCAGCGGGUUGCAGAGUAGGCUCAUGGCUGCAGCUCCCUGCCCAAGGGUACCAAUUAAUCCCGCAGAAGAUAGCAGGCACGCCAUGCUCGCCAUAGCAUCGCGUCAGUACUACGAUCGCCUUGGCGAAGGCAACGUGAUCCUUCCGCUUGAAGCGCGCGUGAAGCCAUCCAUCUCAACCCCGCGCGAGAUGGCCACAGGCGCAACUGACAACGCUGGGCCAGCACCGGAGGCAAACGCGGCUGCUGCAGUCCCCAACAGCUUGGAGUCGCAGCCGUUUGAAAUCACAGUUCGCGAUUUCCGCGGCCGCAAUCACAGCGUGCGUGUGUGCGGCAGCACGCCCGUGCAGCGGCUGAAGCAAGGCAUCGCAGGAGCCCUAGGCUGCAGUGUGGUGGGUCACUGGGUGUUUCUGCACCGGGGGCAGCCGCUGCGGGAGGAGCUCGACCUGGCUGACCACGGGGUGGGGCCGGGCAGCUGCGUGGAGCUGCAGCUCACAUCGCAGCAGCAGCAGC